UUCCUUACAUAAUAUUUGUCUCAAUUCCGAGAGUGAUGAAGGGUUGUUACUUGGGAUCUGUAGGGAUGGACGAAGAAUGAAAUUGAAAAGUGAAAAGUAGAGAUGGAAGAAGAAAAAGCAGCGGCAUACUACGACGAGCUGAGCCGUAAGGGCGAGGGAGCCGCGAGGUUCAAGCAAGGUCUCGGCUUUUCCUCUUCCGCGCCAAACGACGACGUUCCAAAACCCUCCUCCUUCCUCUCCAAAUUCGUCAAAGCCUCCUCCACUGCGCCUUCAAACUCUGAGAAGCAAGCGCAGCUUCAAUCCAUCCACCACAAGCUCAAGAAAAAGCCCUCUUCCGAGUCUAGGGUUUCGAGCAGCGAUAGCGAUAGAAGUAGAAGACGAAGCAGAGAUAGAUACAGGGAAUCGCGGAGGCGAAGUAGGAGUAGAGAAAGACAUCGGCAUAGGGAGAGAGGGAGACGGAGGAGUAGAAGCGUUUCUCCUCGCAAGCAACGCAGGUCGGAGAAAGACGCGAACGAUAGAGGGAAAGUGAGUGAAACGAAGAAGAGGAAGAAUGCUGAGAUUGAUUAUUACAAGCUAAUUCCAGGUUAUGACCGCAUGUCAUCUGCUGAAAGAGUCAAAGCCAAGAUGAAGCUUCAGCUUUCUGAAACUGCUGCACAGGAUUCAGAAAAGGGUGAGGGCUGGGAGCGAUUUGAGUUUAACAAGGAUGCCCCUCUUGAUGAUGAAGAAGUUGAAGUUGCUGAAGAUGAUGCGUCCUUAGUCAAGCACAUUGGCCAAAGUUUCAGAUUUUCUGCAGUUAAGGCAAGAAGGGAGGAACAAAUACAAGCUGCUCAUGAGGAAGCUAUGUUUGGUGCUACAGCACUUCUGCCUCCCACCAGUACAGACAGUGAGCCUGAAAGGGAUAAUGAGAAGGAGACUGAUAAAAAAGAACUGGUUACAAGCCUCUUAAGUGAAACAGUGCUGGCCAAGCAAAAUGGGUCUUGGCGUGAUCGGGUUCGUCAAACUUAGAAUUUGCACCCUUAAAGUUGAUGCUGAUAAUAGAAAAGUUGGCUGAAUGUUGAAUGAAGUUGAGCUUUAACCAUGUCUAAAGCAUUCAAUUUUGCGUUGCUCAGUCUGUAUAUGGUGUGAGAUGGGCUUUAACCGUGUAUACAACUUGUAUCUGGUUCCUAUGCAACUGGCAUUAUUUUCAAGCCUAUAAUCACUAGUGAGGUAGGCUAUGUGUUACUGUUUAUCAUUUUUAGAGGGGGAAGCAGAGUGAUGUGUGAAACGCCAUUUGUCUUUUGUGUAAUUCCAGUUUCAUAGUUAAGUAUUUAGAGGAAAAACUUGCAAAUAGGAUGAUGCUAUUCAUCGCUGAUCUUCACAGUUUUCAUCAUCUGAUUACAGUUGGUCCCCUCUCAUUUUUUUUGUACCUAUCUAAUUCGGUCACCAUACAUAGAUGCGAGGUGAUUUGACUUUUGGGAUGUGUAUUAAGCAUGAUCCUUGCCAAUACGUGAAAAAGGGGGACAAGGGUUCAUGUGUAGUUAAAUAUUGUGAGUUAGCAGGAAAGUUUUUCCCGUGAUCCAUGUUAGAAACAGUUUUCUUAAGAAUUUCAUUUCAGACUGUCUGAUAUCGGAACAUUUAGGGCAGCAACUAUUUGUUUUCA